UUCACGACUUCUUCUGAUACGUCACAUCGCUCUCUGUCCUUUCCUCGGUCCUUUCUUCUUCUUCUUUUUCUGUGACAAAAAGUUAAAUCACAGUCUUUUUACUGCGCGGUAAAAACUAGAAAGGAAAAUGGAGUUGACUGGUUCUGGUUCCAGGUUUCAUUUCACCCUGUACUUCCCCAAACCAACACCGAAUAAGAACAUACUCUCGCCGGCAGACUGGAAGCGAAAUCGAUUAUGGCUUCUUCCGGCCACCGUCGCGGCCGCAAAGAUGACCCAAGUUUGGCCGAGCGAAUCGGCGCCAGUUUCUUGAAAAUCAUACUUCAGACCACCGUUCGCGACAGGAAGCUGUUGAUUCCCAGAAAGUUCGUGACGGACUCCGUCGGCGGGCUGUUGAACUGGAAAUCUGCAACUUUGAAGGUAAACGAUGGAGUGGAAUGGGAAGUGGGGCUGGCGAGGGAAGGGAAACAGGAUGUUUGUUUUGGAAACCAUGGGUGGGAGAGAUUUGCGCAGUAUUACUCUUUGGAGUACGGCCACUCCCUGGUGUUCAAGUAUUUGGGUCGAUCUACCUUCUUCGUGAUCAUAUUCGAUAGAUCUACCAUGGAGAUGGAUUACCCAGUCAGAGAAGAUGUGGGAAUCAAGGAAGAUGGUGGUGGUGACUUGGAUGCUGCUGCAACAACAACAACAAAUCAGUUGAAGAGAAACAAAGGCAAAGGCGAAUCUAGCAAGAUGGUGUUGGAGGCAGGGGAACAAGGUUCAAAGGGGGAAGCAGGAUCUGGAGAGCCAUCUUCAAGUACGUCAAGAAAGCGUAGAGCUCACUGAAGGCGAGUACUAUUAAGACUGAAAGGUCCACUCACUAUGUUCAGAGAUGGUUUAUUUUAUGGGAACUUGUAGUGUUCUCUAUGGAGUAGGGAUAUGGCUGUUUUGCUGUUUAUUUUGACAGGAUACUUGUUGUAUCAUCAACCACAUUGCUGUAGAAUUUCUAUGUUGUCUGGCCACAAAGUAUUUGUACUAGUUACUGUAUUGUUUCUGCAACUGUUCAUCACCUGGUUCUUAAACCAUGUUGGUUGGCUGGCUGGCAACAAGGUGUUGUAGAAAGCAGAAGAAAAACCAGCUACUGACUAUGGGUUUGAUCUAGCUAGUAACACAGAUCAGAAUUUGCAACUUCAUCACUUAGAAGGCGACGUGAAACAACACUAAGACAACGAACCAAGCACAAAUUCUGGCCUUUUUUUGAUUGCUAACUAAUGCAAUGACAUCUCUUGAAAGAUUUGAUUUGAACCAUCAUCGUUUCCUUCUUAUCUUUUCAGUUCUAUGCAUGUCAUCCAAUUUUCUCCCAUGUUUGUGUUGACUGUAGUUGUCCCUUCUUUCCAAUGCAUAUUUCUGUCUGACAUUACAGUGAUUGUACAUUUCCCUUUCCUUGAUCCCCAGACCAAGAACAGUGAAGCCUGCGCCCCUUUUUUGACUCUGCAGUAAAAAAAAGAUAACACAAACGUGUUAAAUUGGCUCCAGCAGGUCUCUGAUUCAGUUAUCACAACUGUUAAUAUAAUAAUAGAACCUCAACAAGAAGCCAAAAGAAGGCCCCCCCUUUGCUUUACCUUCCCCUGCAAUUAUCGAAGACGAAGAAAGAUUGAAACUUUGACAAGGACUAUGAAUUCAGCUGGCAUUUUCAGCGACGGUGAGUGGGCCGACGAGCAAACGGGCGCCCGUUUCUUCAAAAUCAUCCUUCACUCCACCGUUCUUGACAAGAAGAUGUUGAUUCCGCGGAAGUUCAUCAGGGAUUCCGCGGGGGAGCUGCUGUACUCCAAGUCUGCAACUUUGAAGCUGCCCAGUGGAGACGAAUGGGAAGUGGAGUUGAUAAAGAAAGGGGAAGAUGUCUGGUUUGGAGGCAGCGGGUGGCAGAGAUUUGCCGAGUUUUACACUUUGGAGUAUGGUCACUUCCUGGUUUUCGAGUACACGGGUCGCGCCGAGUUCUCUGUGGUUAUCUUCGGUAGAUCUGCUACCGAGAUCAAUUACCCAGUUAGAGAAGCGAUUGGGAUUGAGGAUUCGGCUGUUUCUGUGGAGAUUCUGGAUGGUGAUGGAGAUGACGACGACAAGGAUGCUGUAGCAACAAAUCAGUUGACGGAGAAGGAGAACAGCAAAGGCAAAUCUCCAAUAGCUAACGAUGGUGGUACUGACAAGGCUGGUCAAGCUGUUGCUAUCCAGAUUAAGAAGGAGCAGAAGAGUUGUUGGAAAUCAGUUGCAGAACUUGAUAAUCCUAUGGAAGAGAAACAAGGUGCUUCUUCAAAGUCAAGUAAAAGUGGAGCUCUGCCAUCAGAUGGAUUCACAUCGAAACGUCCUUCCUUCCAGAUCAAAAUGAGUCAAAGUUACAUGGCAGGUGCAAAGCCGCAUUUUCCUCUACCCUUUAGAAAGAAGCACAUUAAGUUAACCGAGCAACGGCUGAAACUUGUGUCUGGAGGUAGGGAUUGGACAGUAGAGCUGUGUUCUUAUAAGACCAAGCACAUGAAGCUUGGCGUUGGGUGGAAGAGCUUCAUGGAAGAUAACUCGCUACAGCUUGGAGAUGUCUGCAACUUCGAGCUGGUAAGUGGUGAUCCUACAGAUGUUCAGCUGAGAGUCACCAUCGCCAGAGCUUGUGCUUGAUUAGAAGGGUCAUUUUGAGGGAUGUUAGUAUGAAAUUGAGCUCCCAUCUUGGUAGCAAUUGAAUGGUGUUUUCUGUUUUAUCUGAUUGUUAUGCUAAGCCAGAAGCAUUACUUUCUUGUGUUCAUCUGUUCGUCACAAGAACACGCUUAAUUCAGUUGUUUUUUAUUCUGCCCUAUCGGCCAGGGGCCUAGCCCAUAUAUCAUGCCCCGUUUAACUUACUUCCGCUUGGGCC